AACCAACUCAACGCUCAUUGCCGCUCAGCUUGUUCAGCACCAUCGCCCACGAUGAGCAUGAGCAUGUUCGCAAACAAGCCAAAGGCAAAGGCGGCAAAGGAUGACCGGCCGCCUGUCGCAAGGCCGUGGGUCGAGAAGUACCGCCCAAAGAGCAUCGACGAAGUAGCAGCACAAGAGCACACCGUGAAUGUUCUCCGCAAGACACUGCUUUCCAGCAAUCUACCCCAUAUGCUCUUCUACGGCCCACCAGGAACAGGAAAGACGUCAACCAUCCUUGCCCUCGCUCGCCAGCUCUUCGGACCUGAGCUCUUCAAGUCGAGAGUCCUGGAGCUCAAUGCCUCCGAUGAGCGUGGUAUCAGCGUCGUGAGAGAGAAGAUCAAAAGCUUCGCCAAGCUCGCCGUAUCGCACGCCGACAGCGACUUCCCCUGCCCGCCGUAUAAGAUUAUCAUCCUCGACGAGGCAGACAGCAUGACCCAGGACGCACAGAGUGCGCUGCGUCGCAUCAUGGAGCAGUACAGUCGCAUUACGAGGUUCUGCCUUGUCUGCAACUACGUGACCAGAAUCAUUGAGCCUCUAGCGUCACGCUGCAGCAAGUUCCGCUUCCGCACGCUGGACACCACAUCCACAAAGGAUCGCCUCGAGUACAUUGCUAAGGAGGAGAACGUCUCCUUCGAGAACGGGGUUCUCGACACUCUCAUCAAAACCUCGGACGGGGACAUGCGACGCGCCAUCACCUACCUCCAAUCAGCCGCCCGUCUCCACAGUAAGGGCGCCGUGGGUGGCGAUGGGGAGAAGGCCUCCUCCGCCACGCCGGUCACACCCAUCUCCAUUGUCGAGAUCGCCGGGGUCGUCCCGCACAGCGUAAUCGUCUCCCUAUGCGACGCCAUGGGUCUCGACGCGCCUCCAGACUUCGAAGGGGACGCAGCAAUGUCUUCUGGCAACAAGCCUCCCAAGGCCUCAUUCGAAGCCGUUCACUCUGCUGUACGACAUUUGGCCAUUCAGGGCUAUUCGGCCUCUCAGCUCUUGACGCAGAUCCACGACUAUAUCAUCGAGCAUCCAACCCUCGAGGCGCAGAAGAAGGCAAAAUGUGCUCUGGCAAUGGGAGAGGCGGACAAGGCGCUUGUUGAUGGGGGCGAUGAGGAGUUGCAGUUGCUGAAUUUGUGUUUGAAAAUGAUGCGGGCGCUGAACUAACGUGAGGGCGAGG